AUGUCCUCAAUACCCCAAUCAAACACCAACAUUCAGUCGAAUUCUGUUGGUGACAAUCUGCAGGACUAUGAAGGACAACUGAGCCAACCCGGCCAGUCCGGUCAAUUUUUUCCAAGUCAAAAUAACAUAGCAUUGCAGCCCCUCUUGGCAACAUCACUACCACCCUUCCGAGCCAAUGCCUAUACCUAUGCGCCUUCAUCUUUGAUAGACCCUAUAAAUAGCGUGGAUAGCGACUCCAGUCGGUCUACUGAUAAGUCAUUGAUACGGGACGUUUCCUGGGAUAGCGGGGCACAAUCCUUUUCCCAGAUAAAAAACACGAACCUUCAAUCAGCUACUGCUGAGACGGUGGUAUCAUUUCCGGAAGAACCACCAAUGCGGUGCCUUCACUCCAACUCGGAUGUGCUUAGCGCCGAGCAAUAUGAUGGUGGGCGGUAUCCUAGACAGUUCGCUUCUAAAGUCAAUCAGGAGUCAAAUACUACCGUCGUUCCUGCGAACAGUGCUUCUAACCCUAGAAAGAGGGGAAGAAAGUCAGCUGACCGUGAGCUAGAUGGUCCGGCGGAGGAGACGAAGCGGUCUAGAGGUCGCCCGCGUCUUGAAACGAAGGACCAAACUCCCGGCGAGCGGCGACGGACACAAAUUCGACUUGCGCAGCGGGCGUAUCGUAAUAGAAAAGAAAAUGCCAUCACAGACCUUCAAGCUAAGAUAGACGACCUUAAGAAUGUGAACAGCGAAAUCAAUAAUGCAUAUCAAGACUUGUUUAACUAUGCCUCUCAGCGUGGACUCCUGGCUCAGGCGCCCGAAUUUGGCCAGCAACUCCAAAAGCUCCAGACGCUCAUCAAACAGACUCAAGAACAGGAAAACUCUCCAGUCAAUGAGCAUAAUAGUCCAGAAGGACACUCCGAUGAUGGUCAGGGAGACGUACAGAAUCCUGAAGACCUUGUUACCAAUGAAGAGCCUGUAUCUACGCUACCGAAUGAUCAGACGCCAGAUCUAUUGGGUGGUAUUGCGGUUUCACAUGAGCCCGUGGUCCAACCGGAAUUUGAUGCAACAUUUGGCUUGGACCCUGUGUCAAAUGAUGUUCAUGCGCACAACUAUGAAGUUAUCACGGCGCCGACUUUCGAAAACGCUAGCUUUGGUCUAACCGUGCCUGUCGACACAACUUUUUUAGACUCGACGCAUUCCUCCUGGGCACGUCAUCCGUGGAAUAGGCUCACUGGCCCACACACCAUGUCUUUUAAUGAGUGGUCGUUCGCUCGAAGGUUGCACCGUCACACGGUUGAAAGGGCUGCAGCUCUUAUCUCAAUGCCUAACCCACCUCCGGCUAACUUGACGCGCGUUUUUGGGUUUGUCAUGUUAUUCGAAACCGUGGAUGAGAUUAGAUCGCGGACGGUGGCUACGCUCGACAGGAAUAAGAACGAGCCUUUGAACUAUUGGAAGUACCCCUUCCAUAGGCUCGGCGGCUCCGGUACUCACUUCCCUGAUCAGGCGGGACCAUGCAGUCUUUCGGGCUCGUCCACCUACCAGAGCUCAGGAUUCGGGACAGGACCCUUCAAUGAGCGGACAACGAGGGUAAACGACACCCUACUAGAGGCCUCCCAGUACAUCAAUAUGAGCGGCUGGGAGGGCACAUGGUUCGACUCGGACGAAGUGGAGACUUAUCUUGCACAGAACGGAGUGAUUAUCCCGACGGCGGCUGAUAUACACACAGUCUAUAUCCAUCCAGGGGCGUUUUCUGACGUACAGGUCCAAUCUCAUAGUCAGCAUAUGCAAGAUAUUCACCCGAAUGCAAUGCAUAUACCGCACAUAGACGCAUCAUUCACUUUGGGAAUACCUGCUACUGCUUCGUCUACGAUAGGAGAUCCUUCCCUCUCGACUGGGUCUGAUACUACCACCGCCACCAGUACAGUUCCCCCGUUAGUGCCAGGCAACUCUUGGCAGUCUAUUCCCGCCUCCUCGAACUUCUACGGUGGUGCACAGCAUACAGAGCAACUCACCCCGCCUUUUACCGGCUUUGACGACGUGACGGUCAAUACAUUUGCUGAUUCCUCGUCGUACUAUUUUCCGCAUCACGAAAUCGGGGUACCAAACCCCGUAGUAACACCGAGGAGAGUCGUUCUGGAUGUGAAUCAAUUUAUUUCAGGAUUGAUUUCAUCUGCCACUUGUCUUGGACGAGCUCCUUCUUUUAGACCUAAAGACAUCGUGAGCUCGUUCUGGAAUGCUGUGAUUGGUUAGAUUUAUACAUAUAUGAUACGGUACCCAAAGUUGGUGUUAAAUGAAGUAGAAUCAGUGCGGUUGGUUUGAAUAUAAUUUUGGGUGGCGUUGGAGUUUGCGUUAUAUGAAUCUCUUUACUCAACAUGGGACACAGAG